AUGUCUCUUGAGCCGCUUACUUCUCCAACCCCUCUGGCUCUUCCUCCAGCGACUCACUUCCCUGAGCCUGCUGUGGCUCCACCCACGCCGCCUCCUUCAGGGCCUUCUCCUGAGCCACCUACUGCUUCACCCCCUGCGGCUCCGCCUCCAGAGACUUAUUUCCUUAAACCUCCUGCAGCUCCGCCCGCUCCACCUCUGGCUCCUCCUCCUGAAACGCAAAUCCCUGCUCUGCCUGCUCCACCUCCGGCUCCUCCUCCUGAGUCUCAAGUCGCUGCUCCUCAUGUGGCCCCGCCCGCUCCACAUUCGGCUCCACCCCCUGACCCCCUGCUAGUUCUAUCCUGGUGUCCUGAUCCUCCACCAGUUCCUGGAGCCACCUUCCAAACCGCCAGAUCCCUCUACCUUCCUGGAGCCGCCUCCGAAACCACUGGACCCCACUCCCUUCUGGCAGGCUCCUCCCUGGCCUCCUGA